AUGGCACCGCUAUCGGAUGUAAAGAGGCUCAGUCCGGUGUGUAUUCGAAUUCUCGGUGGUAAUCCUGGCAGGUUCACGCUGCAGGGUACGAAUACUUAUUUGCUUGGCUCUGGAAAGCACCGCAUAUUGAUAGACUCCGGGGAGGGAAUGUCGAUUUGGGCGGCAUCACUGAGGGAAGUUCUCCGAGCGGAGGGCGCAACAGUUGAUACUCUAUUGCUCUCACACUGGCAUCAUGAUCACGUCGGUGGCAUAGAGGAUUUGCGCAAAAUUUCUCCCCAGGCCGUCGUAUACAAGUUCGACCCAGGCGAGGGACAAUUGAAGAUUGAAAAUGGCCAAAUUUUUCGGACUGACGGUGUUACUCUGACAGCGCACCAUACACCUGGACAUACGACCGACCACCUAGUUUUUACGUUGGCGGAAGAAGACGCAAUGUUCACAGCGGAUAAUGUGCUCGGAGAAGGUACAGCUGUAUUCGAAGACAUGACGACGUAUAUCAGCAGUCUGCACAAGAUGAAGACGCUGUUUCAUGGUAGAGCAUACCCUGGACACGGUGGUUUCAUCAACGACGGUCCGAAGAAGAUUCUCGAGUACAUCAAUCAUCGCAAACAAAGAGAGGAGCAGGUAGUUCAGGUCAUGAGGUGCGCUAAGGCAGAUGGUAAUCGGCAUUGGACUGGACCGGACAUUGUCAAGGUGGUUUACAAAGAGGUAAAUGAGGAUUUACAUCCAGCGGCUUGUGCUGGUGUAUUACAGAUAUUAUCAAAACUAGAGCAGGAAGGUAGGGCCACCAGGGCGGAUGGUGGCGACGCUGGCGACAGUUGGGCGCUGACUGGCCAAGCAGCCUUGUAG